CACCAUGGUGGCACACAACAGAGUGGAGCGGCGGACCUACCUUCUCUAUUAGCCACAUUAAAAUGCUUAUGUAAAGCAUACUGUAAACAAGCGGACUGGGGUUUACCUCUAAUUAUGGACUACGGGCUGACAGUGACUGGAUAACAGCUCUCCCUCUGCCUACUUUCUGUUUCCUGGCUCCUCCAUGGAAUUCUUUCCGUCGCUAGAAUGCUGAAGAGACAAGGAAUGGCUUUGAUGAACAGUGCCUUGCACAGAGGGACACUUUUAACAAUAAGGAAAUAAUACGAACAAAGUACCAGAAGACUGUAUUUUAUCGGAGUUCACCCUCUGUGGGCGUUCACAGAGGACCAGAGUUUGAGCCGGGACGCACAGGAGCCAGACUCACAGCCCGGGGAGAGCGCGCGGCUGUCGGGCUCGCGUCGUGGCCUGCCUGGCUCGGGGGCACUCCCAGCUUUAUCCGCUAGUCCCAGUGCACAGGACGGGGACAUCUUCGGACCUUAACUGCAUUCCCCAAUCCUCCUGGAUAUUCUUACACCGCCACAUAACAGGAUAAGUGUCCCAUUCGCCCUGCCGCCGGACUCUUCCCACACAAUGGCGUCCUAUGUGGAUAACAGUUUUCGGCAGGCUGUGAUGCUCAAUCCGGCUGAUCGGACGCAACAGGACCUGGAGAUUGUGUACUCAUACCUGCAUGGGAUGGAGGCCCUGUCCAACCUCAGAGAACAUCAGCUGAGGGUGAUGUGCGAGACGGUGCGCUACGAAAGACAUGAAGCCAAUGAAGUGUUGUACUAUCCUGAUGACAUUGGAAGCUGCUGGUACAUCCUCUUAUCUGGCUCAGUCUUCAUCAAGGAGUCCAUGUUUCUGCCCAGGAGCAGUUUUGGCAAGCGUUCGGCGGGCAGCCUCAGACGUGGAUGUGAGUGUAUCGUCCUCGAGCCUUCCGAGAUGAUUGUGGUGGACUACAUGGACGAAAAUGAGGAGUACUUCCAGCGGCAAGCUUCGCACAGACAAUCCCGCCGGCGCUUCCGGAAGAUCAACCAAAAGGGCGAGAGGCAGACCAUCAUUGACACCGUGGAUCCCUAUCCCACUGGCAAACCACCAAUAGGACGGGUAUACCACACGCUCCCAGCAGACUUCAGCAGACUGCACCUGGCCGACGCCCUGCACGCUCAGGGCCCCCACGUGUCCUCCAGCCACUCAGGAUGUAGUAUCACCAGUGACUCCGGGAGCAGCAGCCUGUCUGACAUAUACCAGGCCACCGAGAACGAGCCGGGGGACAUGGACCUGAGCGGACUCCCGGAGACGGCGGUGGACUCGGAGGAAGAUGAUGACGAAGAGGACAUCGAGAGGGCGUCCGAUCCCCUCAUGAGCAGGGACAUAGUACGGGACUGUCUCGAGAAAGACCCCAUGGACAGGACGGACGAUGACAUAGAACAACUACUAGAGUUCAUGCAUCAGCUGCCAGCCUUUGCCAACAUGACCAUGUCUGUGAGGAGGGAGCUGUGUGCAGUCAUGGUGUUUGCUGUGGUGGAACGAGCCGGCACUAUAGUUCUCAAUGACGGAGAGGAGUUGGACUCGUGGUCGGUGAUCCUGAACGGCUCCGUUGAGGUGACUUAUCCGGACAGCAGGACUGAGGUGCUGUGUAUGGGCAACAGCUUCGGAGUGUCCCCUACCAUGGACAAGGAGUACAUGAAGGGAGUCAUGAAGACCAAGGUGGACGACUGUCAGUUUGUGUGUAUAGCUCAACAAGACUACUGCUGCAUCCUGAACCAAGUGGAGAAGAACAUGCAGAAGGUGGAGGAGGAGGGCGAGAUCGUCAUGGUGAAGGAGCACAGAGAGCUGGACCGCACGGGCACCAGGAAAGGACACAUCGUAAUCAAGGGCACAGCGGAGCGUCUGACCAUGCAUCUGGUGGAGGAGCACUCUGUGGUGGACCCCACAUACAUCGAGGACUUCCUGCUGACCUACAGGACCUUCCUCUCCAGCCCCAUGGUCGUGGGCAAGAAGCUGCUCGAGUGGUUCCACGACCCCAGUCUCAGGGACAAGGUUACACGGGUAGUCUUGUUGUGGGUGAACAAUCACUUCAAUGACUUUGAGGGUGACCCUGCCAUGACCCACUUUCUGGAGGAGUUUGAAAACAAUCUGGAGAAGGAGAAAAUGUGUGGGCACCUUAGACUGUUAAACAUAGCCUGCGCCGCUAAAGCUAAGCCACGACAAGUGACUCUGACCAAGCCGUCCCGGGACUCCCCUCUGGCCUUCAGCCUUCUGGGAGGGCAGGAGAAGGGCUUCAGGAUCUUCAUUGAUGCCGUGGAGCCUGGGAGCAAGGCUGCAGAGGCUGGGCUCAAACGUGGAGAUCAGAUUUUGGAAGUCAACGGACAAAACUUCGAAAAUGUCCAGCUCAGCAAAGCCAACGAGAUCUUGAAGAACAACACACACUUAUCCAUAACUGUGAAAACCAAUCUAUUAGUCUUCAAAGAGCUGCUAACCAGACCCGAACAGGAGAACGAUAUUGACGGUGACGAGGAACAUGACAGGAAGAACGGAGCUCCUCACUUGCCAAAGAUUGGAGACAUCAAAAAGGGCAGCAGAUACUCCAUCCCUGACCUGGCUGUGGAUGUGGAGCAGGUGAUGGGUCUGGAGAAGGCCAGUAAGAAGGCCAAGUCCAACACGGUAGGAGGACGCAACAAGCUCAAGAAAAUCUUCGACAAGACGCUCACCAGCAUCUUACCGCCCAAACCGUACAACGACGUUUGCGUGGGCCAAUCACAGGACGACAGCAUAGUGGGGAUGAAGCAGUCCAAACAGAUCCCACCGGCUCUCCCAGUCAGUGGCAACCUGUCCUCUUCCAACCCCGACCUGCUCCAAUCUCACCACCGCAUCCUGGACUUCAACAACCAGCCUGUCCCUGUGAUGCCCAACAUGUCAGACCAGGUACUGCGCGUGUUCAAAGCGGACCAGCAGUCUCGGUACAUCAUGAUCGGGAAGGACACCACGGCUAAGGAGGUGGUAGUUCAGGCCAUCCGGGAGUUUGCCCUGACCGCUGCCCCCGAAGCCUACUCCCUGUGCGAGGUGUCGGUCACUCCAGAGGGCGUCAUCAAACAGAGGAGGCUGCCCGAUCAGCUCUCCAAACUGGCAGACAGGAUACAGCUCAGCGGCAGGUACUACUUAAAAAGCAACAUGGAGACAGAGACGCUAUGUUCAGAUGAGGAUGCCCAAGACCUGCUAAGAGAGGGUCAGAUCUCCUUAUUACAGCUCAGCACAGUAGAAGUGGCCACACAGCUUUCAAUGAGGGCUUUCGAACUGUUCUGUGCCAUCGAGCCCACGGAAUACAUAGACGACCUGUUCAAACUGCGCUCCAAGACUGGUUCGGCCAGUCUGAAGCGCUUUGAGGAGGCUAUAAACCACGAGACGUUCUGGGUGGCUACGGAGGUGACCCGGGAACCCAACCAGCUCAAACGCAUGAAGACCGUCAAGCAUUUCAUCAAGAUCGCAUUACACUGUCGAGAAUGCAAGAACUUCAGCUCCAUGUUUGCCAUUAUAAGUGGUCUAAACCUCGCUCCAGUCUCACGUCUCAGGGGUACGUGGGAGAAGUUGCCCAGUAAGUACGAGAAACUGUUCAGUGACCUGCAGGACCUGUUCGACCCCUCCAGGAACAUGGCCAAGUACAGGAAUGUGCUCAACAACCAGAAUCUGCAACCUCCCAUCAUCCCUUUGUUCCCCGUCAUCAAGAAAGACCUCACCUUCCUGCACGAAGGUAAUACCAGUAACGACUCUAAAGUGGACGGCCUGGUCAAUUUUGAAAAGCUGCGGAUGAUUGCCAAAGAGAUUCGCCAUGUUGGACGCAUGGCCUCAGUCAAUAUGGACCCAGCGCUCAUGUUUAGAACCAGGAAGAAGAAGUGGAGGAGUUUAGGAUCUCUUAGCCAGGGCAGUGCUAAUGCUACAGUCCUGGAUGUGAGCCAGUCCGGCGGGCAUAAGAAGAGGGUACGCCGGAGCUCCUUCUUAAACGCCAAAAAGCUGUAUGAAGAUGCACAGAUGGCUCGUAAGGUCAAACAGUACCUAUCCAACUUGAGCCUGGAGACCAACGAAGAGAGUCUGCAGACGCUGUCCCUGCAGUGUGAGCCCUCCAUCAACACACUGCCUAAGAACGCGGGUGGGAAGAGGCCGGACACAUCUCCAGUGGUGUCCCGCGCUGCCAGCACCCAGAGAGGACAGCUGUCCAAGGGCAACCAGGCUCUGCAGGUCCCCUCUGUUGCCCUCUACCCCUCCAGGAAGAAAGUGCCCGUCAAAGACCUCCCGCCUUUCGGCACCAGCUCUCCGCAGUCCCUCAAGAAGAUCCUGUCCCUGUCUGAGGAGAGCGGACAGAGGAGACAGCCAGAGGACACGGUGUCCAACGCAUCCUCACAGCUCUCUUCCCCUCCCACCUCCCCCCAGAGCUCGCCCAAAAAGGGCUAUGGUCGUAUGGGAGACGCGUAUUCGGACUCGGGGCACUCGGAGAUCUCCUCGCGCUCCUCUCUGGUCAGUACAUCGUCCUUGGACAUGGCCCAGGAGGACAGGAGGCUGCGGCACUCCGGCUUCACAGAAGCACACCUGGGCACACGGCUGGAGCGACGAGCCACCACCGACCCCGAUCAGUACAGCAUUGGAUCCUACUCGUCGAUGCAGGACUGCAGGGGCAUUUACGCCGGAUGCCCUACCGUGCUCUCCUCACCCAGUUCCGAGGAGCUGACCCAGGACCAGGGUGACCGCGUGUCCCUGGACGCAGCCGACAGCGGGCGUGGCUCCUGGACUUCCUGCUCGUCCGGGUCCCACGACAACAUCCAGACCAUGCAGCAGGGACGUAGCUGGGAGACACUGGCCUUCGGCGGGGGCGGCAUCGGAGGUCUUCCCCCCGGUGGUCCCGAGUCAUUACUGGGGGGUCCGGCGGCUUUGUGGGCAGCUCAGGCACGGGGAAGUUGGGCGUCUGCGAGCUCUUCGUCCUCUUCCGCGGCGUACUGGGGAGAGGACUCGGAAGGUGACACCGGGACGAUAAAGAGGAGAGGGGGGAAGGACGUGAGCGCGGACCCAGAGACCAGCAGCAUCACUUCCACAGGCUCUGAGGAGGCCAAGCUCAUGGGCCGACCCACUCCUUCGCCCAUCACCACUGGGGGUAAAGGACUGCUCUCUCGUAAGGAAUCCCGAUACCGCGAGCCUCCUCCCACUCCCCCCGGCUACACCGCCCUCACCAUCUCCGACCUAGCUGAGGGGCAGCACCAGAACCAACCGACCCCACAGACCACCGCACCCACAACCACCACCUCCUCCGCCUCCCACACUGGCCGCCGACCACCCGACUACACCACGGCCCUGCAGCGCUCCCGAAUGGUCACCCAGUCUCCGGACCAGCAGGCACCCAAGCACCGACGGGCCGCCCAAGAGCACCUAGAGCACCCAGAGCCCGAGGAGGAAGACGAGGAAGAUGAACAGGUGUCAGCAGUCUGAAGGGACCACGGUGGACGUACUUUCGCGGUAACCUGGAAGUCCCGCCCUCUUCCGUGAGCGGGGGGUCAGAGAUGGUCAGAGACGGUCAGAGACGGAUGGAAGGACCGACCAAUCACAGACGAUAACCGGUGACAUACGUGCCUGCCUCUCUCUACUUCCUGUUCUGUGGACCGCCCACCUCCCUCCCCCUCGCCUUAACGCAUCAUGAAGGGGCUGAGUGACCCUGCAUGCAAAAAAUACUGUGAAGAAGACGAAGGUUAAAGACUAUGACAAAUAUACCUGGCACUUUGGAAUAAAAAUAGACUUUCGGAACAAUGUCCUAGAGGGUGGGGGAAUGGCGAGUAACCUAUGAACUAGAUUUUAGACAAAAAUGGGACUUCGAACUCACAUUUUGAUCUGCACUUUUUUACAGAACAAAAUAGACUUUAAAAACCACACUCAUUUCCCGACCGGAGAUUUUUGUUGUUGAAUUUUUUGCACCGUCGGACUGAAACGCAGCCGGGACUGAAAUAAACAGAAGUCGUGAUCCAGUAUUACUAGUUUUUACAUUGAAAAUCUUGUCGACGGUUGGUUCCGAAGUGGCAGUUUUAACAGAAAGAACCAACAUGCACAAAUCAUUACACAACAGAUUCUAUAUCAAUGUUUAAAAUAGCACUUUUAGCACAAAUGUGACGGAUGUUUCAAUAGCAGGGUAUGUACGCUGUACGCUACCCGCAUCAUAUCUCAACUGACUGGUCUUUACUGUUACGUAAGCACACACACAAGAAUUACCAGAGAAAAAAAAAAUUAUUAACAAAGAUUAUGAAUUGCCUCCAACUUGCCCAAAUCAUGAUGUCAGAAAAAUAUGGAAUAAAUGUUGAAUAAAAUAAUCAUUUUUUAAAUGUCGGCGAGAACUGUUUGAAGAAGUUGCCUCUUGUCUCCUCGGGACAGACUGAAUGCUGAUAUCAUUUCAAAAUGUCUGACACAAGUGUUGUCUAUACCCUCCCAUAAUGUCGAUCGGCCCAACCCAAGAGAACACGCGACAUGCUACUCUUUUGAAUGUCCAAAGCGCCUUACCAUUUUAGGAUUGCGAAAGUGUUUUGUAUAACUGUCCCCUGCUGAUAAUGUGGGUCGAGAAAAGUUUUGAACUGAACGAUUUGGAUUGAGAUGCCUUAUUGAAUAAACUCUCCCUAAUUAUUACCGUGUUAAAGGUCCCCUGCUCUGCUCACUGUCUUAAAUUCAUCCAGAAUUUGUAACAUAAGCUCUCAGCAAUUGCACUGGUAAUAAAGCCAAAAAUAUAGUUUUAAAUGACUUCACCAUAGAUCCAUCUAGCAUCAAGUCAGGCUAGGGCUGGGCGAUAUGGCAAUAAAAGUUGUGAUUUCUCGGCUUUUGGUCAAAUUGCCAUGUUGUUAUUUUGUGUUUUUUGUUUAAUACAGAUCUAUGGUCAAAAACACUUUACCCUACCCACUCCUCCUAUUCAGCCUGACAUGCUCCGAGUGAGUGACAGAUGGAUGUAACCAAUCACAGUGAAGAGUUAACUUUCACAAACAGCAGAUAUUAUAUUGAGUUUCUUCUUAAAGACUGUAUAAAACCAGGAUCUCCAACCUUUUUCCUCUUGUGAUCUACCUUUACAAAACGAAAAUGCCAGUGAACUAGUAAUUUUAGCGGUUGCAGAAAUUGAGCAUAUGUAACAUCCACGGUCAGCCUUAGAGGUGGGUAAAGUUGGACGCCUAACUAAACCAUUAUCCAUUUAUUAGUGCACAAAGUUAGGCAUUAAAGUGACCUACAGGUUGGAGACCCCUGGUAUAAAAGACAUUAAGUAAACCUGAAUUGUGAAAAAGCUCUUAAGAAAAAUCGUGAUAUGAUUUUUUUGAUGUAUCGCCCACCCUUAAGUCAGGCAUACCGUAAAUAUUUAGGGUAUUGUUGUGUCACAAAUGAUUGUAUCCCAUGUUGUUUAAUUGGUACAAUUAGGUGGUGUUUAAAUAUUAAGAUGGUUUCCUCAUAACAACUGACACUCUAUUCUGUCUAUUAGGCAAGGUUCACAACAAUGUUUACUAUUGAAACUAAAUGUCACAAUUUACAACACAGAUUGUAAUUAGACUCCGUAAGUGGGGUCCUGAGCAGAACAGGGGCCGUUUGACCUGACUAUAUGCGUUCUCUUGUGAAACAUGUGUCUUGGUGUCAUCUGUACCAGACUGAUGUGAGCUCAUGUGUCCUGUACCAGACUGAUGUGGGCCAUGUGUCCUGUACCAGACUGAUGUGAGCUUGUAUCAUGUGUUGGAGGCGGUAAGGAGGACCAUGUGAUUGUGGGGCUCCGGUGCACAUGAAGAGCAGGCUGAGUCACUGAGGCCUGAUCACAUUGAUCAGUCUGAGACUGAAGCAGUGGGAGUGACCACACUCGAAGAAUCUUUUGUUUUCUAUUGUACCUUUUGUAAUGGCUGCCGAUAGAUUGUUCAUAUGUUUGUACUCCAGUGGUGACAUGCAUCAUUCAUUUUGAUUUGACUCUGAAGAUAAUGUGCAUAUUACCAGGCCCAGUCCUUUUCAAAACAAACUGUUGCACAAGUGUCGCGCGUGCAGAUAAGUGUAGUGGUAGAACUGCUACUGUGGUGUGCUGUCAGUGAGACGUGUACAUUAGCUGGUGAUGACCUGUUCCUCUUCAUUUUCUUGUACUACUUUGACCUGUAUGUCUUUUAAAAAGACAAUGGUGGAGUAUGUAUCUGUUGUUUUUGUAUUUUUAAUACAAUAAUUGUAAAUAUUGGUUAUAUUUUUGUUCAAAUGUAAUAUGUUUAUGCCUCAACAUCCAGUUUAUAUGAAGCUGGGAAUCAAUAAAUACUGCGUAAAGAACCCA